AUGAGUCCUGUAAAGGCGAUGGCUUCCAAGAAGGUUCAUGUUGUUCUUUCCAGCAGAGGCAGGAGUGUUAGUACCUCUACUAUAAGCAGAGACUCUACCGGUAUUGUUGCUCAAAGCAAGACGAAUGCCUACAUUUCAACCCGAUGCAUUGCUUCCAUUUCACUUCCGUCCGAGUUGAAGGGAGUCUUUGAGAAACACAAGCUAGUCAUCACUCUUGCCUCAAUGGGGGCAAAGAAGGACAUCUUUCAAAGGAAGGAUAACUGGUCAUCAAGACUAAAAGGAGGCCUCGACUUACGAAAGACCCAAAGAAAGAGGCUUCAGAAGCGCACUCAGAGUCAUGUGACUAUUCUUGUUCAAUGGCCAUGUAGGUUAUGA